AUGGAUCUGCAACUUUUGAACGAAGGUUUGGAUUUUUUCCAGAAGAAGUUGGCUGUUGUACUAGCAGCUUUUGGUUUCACCAGUUAUGGUGUCUAUAGGGUUUAUCAAUCGCCUUCCCUGGUGGAUAAGAGGAACAAGCUCUGUAAGCUUCUGGAAGCCCUGGCGUCCAUUGUUGAAGCGAGCUCUGAUUCAGCCCAGACGGUGGGGCUUGUCUCAAGGGAUCUAAAAGCGUUCCUUGAAUCGGAUUCCCAUCAGAUCCCGAAGAGUUUGAAGCAGCUCUCCAAAAUAAUGAAUUCCAAGGAGUUUUCGGAGUCCAUGACUGGUCUUACACAAGCUAUAACGGUGGGAUUUCUGAACGGUUAUGGAUCAACAUCCAACGAAAUGAGCGACGUUUCUAGUUUUCUGGACCGAGUUGUGGACAAGCUCCUUACUCCCGCUGGGUCUGGCUUUGCUUCAGCUGUUGUUGGAAGCUUUGCUAAGAACAUGGUGAUGGCUUUGUUUUCAGAAGGGCAGUCUUGUGCGGAUGAUACUGGUUCCCAGGUCACUUGUAUUCCAGGAUUGGUCAAUGUGAUAUGCAGCGAAAAGUGCAAAGAGCUCAUAGGUGACUGCAUCCAGCUGUUUGUCAGCACAGCCGUUGCGGUUUACCUAGAGAAGACGGAGGAUAUCAACACCUAUGAUGAGAUCUUGUCGGGACUGACUAACCCUAAGCAUGAGAAGGAGGUGAGAGACUUGCUGUUAUCAGUCUGCAAUGGAGCCGUGGAAACUCUUGUCAAAACAUCCUACCAGGUGCUGACAAGUUCCAGUUCAGGUUCUUCCUACCUCGGCAAAGAUCAAGGCCAAGGUUCAUUUGGAAAUGGAAUUUUCGGGCAAGAAGCAUUAUCAGCUGAAUUGAAAGGAGAGGAGUUGUAUGAUGAGAUUGAGAAGGGUGGGUGGUUGGGGAAGCUGUUGUCUACCUUGGCUGUACCGAGCUAUAGAAAGUUCAUCAUCAGUAUGACACUGACAAUCACAUUGGAAACAGUCCAAUCUUUCUUGGAGCUUUUGCUGGAGAAACUAUAUGAUGGAUUGAAGAAAAGCGUUAAUGCUGUUCGUGAGACACUUGUUGAUGGGGGGCUCCAAGUGGUGAGAUAUGUUUCUGCAAAGUUCUCCGUUGUCACCGUAUGUAUCUCCUUCUGUUUGCAUAUACUAGGUGGAGCUGGGUGGCCUACUAUAUUGUUCUAA